UAGCAGCUAGACUAGUUUUGAUUCUGAUAAGCUCCACAGAGAAACAGAGCAUAGUAUCUAAAUAUUAGCGAAUAUUAUUCGAAUAAGCGUAGUUCAGGCAGUGUUCAUCCUAAUCUAUCUACUAUCACCUAAUGGACACUCUAGAAGAAAUCACCAACCGUAAUUCUGCCAUUUCGGCAACCGCUCAGCAGAAAGCCAUCGAGAAUGCAAAUCGCCAGGUCAACCCGAUUGUAGAUUUCCCCGAGUUCCUCAAGUAUGACCAAAACGGAUGUGAGUUGGAUCUGUACUGCCGCCGAAAGGCCGACAUGGAGUCAAAGAUCCUCAAAUGGGCUUUUAAGCUAGCGGAGAAGAACGUAGGCCCACAGUACAAAAGUUGCAGCCUCGGUUGGCAACCCAAGGUGAAACAAUCGGAUUUGAACAAAACGUGGGCGCGGUAUCUGGUGGCGGUCGAUAGGAAAACCAAGAAAUCAGCCGGCUACUCGAUGUUUCGAUUCGAUUUGGACUACGGACGAAGCGUGGUGUACUGCUACGAAAUGCAGGUAGAUUCGGAAUACCAGCGGAAGGGAUUGGGAGCCUUUAUGAUGCAAGCACUGGAGAAGAUGGCACGGCAUUACGGUAUGGAACGGGUGGUGCUGACAGUGCUGAAGAACAACGAGGAUGGUAUAAGGUUUUAUAGGACGUUGGGAUACGACGUAGACGAAACCUCGCCUGAUAAGGCCGAUAAUGUAGCAUAUGAAAUAAUGAGUAAAUCUAUGCUCUAAAUUCACUGUUUCAGGGACAUUUAUAUGAAAAAAAAAUGUUUAUUUUCAACUUGACUGACUUUUUAAUGUUAAAAUACAGCAAUA